UCUCGAAUGAUGUUAUCAAUCGUUUAUUAGUGCCCUCCCCCCCCCCAUUCUCUGCUUAAUGCUAUCAACCAGUCUCUGCUGUCUAAAUGCUUCUGUCUUAAAGUGAUCUCAAUAAACAGCUUCUCUACAUACACGAGCGCUCAAGUGCGUGCGUGUGUGUGUGCUCGAGCAUGUGUUUGAUCGUGCGUAUGUGUGUCUAUAUGUGACAACGUGCGCGCCUCUGUCUAUGUGUGCGAAUGCGGAAAUGUACAGGCAUGAAUUUUGAAAUGUAUGUGAUACUUUGACACAUAAACUUUCUACAUCGCUUUUAAGAUCCCCCGGAAGCUAAAUGUAGAAACUUGAAAUGGCGCCUCGAAACUUCGUAUUUUCCAUUGCUUUACUGCUGGUCGCCAACUUUGCUGUAAUUUCGGCUAGAAAUGCCUUGGUUAUUGUUGGAGAUGAUGCUGGUUUUGAAAGCCAAAUAUACAACAACAAGGUUUGUAAAACUCCCAAUCUUAAUCAAUUAGCAAAACGGAGCGUGGUCUUUAACAGAGCUUAUGCAUCAGUCAGCAGCUGCUCUCCAAGUCGUUCUACAAUCCUAACUGGGUUGCCUCAGCACCAAAAUGGCAUGUAUGGACUUCACCAUAAAAUACACCACUUCAAUUCUUUUGAUGAUGUCAGAAGUUUACCUCUUAUUUUACGCAAAGCUAACAUAAGGACAGGAAUAAUUGGUAAAAAACAUGUUGGACCUGAAUAUGUUUAUCCUUUUGAUUAUGCUAAAACUGAAGAAAAUGAAUCCAUUCUGCAAGUCGGUCGAAAUAUUACACAUAUCAAAGAACUUGUGAGGCAGUUUCUUACAGAAACAGGAUCCAAACCAUUUCUGCUCUACAUUGGUUUCCAUGAUCCUCAUCGCUGUGGCCAUACCCACCCUCAAUUUGGUGCUUUCUGUGAAAAAUUUGGAGAUGGAAUCACAAAGGGAUGCGGAAUUAUCCCUGACUGGAAACCGAUACACUAUGACCCUCGUGAAGUAAUAGUGCCAUACUUUAUACCUGAUACACCUGCAGCCCGAGCUGAUAUAGCUGCACAGUAUACAACUAUUAGUCGACUUGAUCAAGGCAUUGGACUAAUAAUUAAAGAAUUGAACGAUGCUGGACAUCUCAAUGACACUCUUGUUUUGUACACAUCUGAUAACGGCAUCCCAUUUCCUAAUGGCAGAACAAACCUUUAUGAUCCUGGUAUAGCAGAGCCAUUUUUGAUUUCUUCACCUUUACACCGCCAGAAAUGGGGCCAAACAAGUAACUCAUUUGUUUCUCUUUUGGAUAUCGUACCUACUAUAUUGGAUUGGUUCCAGAUUCCAUAUCCUCACUACAGGCUGUUCAGAAAUCAUGUCAAACUUACUGGGAAUUCUCUGUUACCAUUGUUACACUAUAAAUCUGGAAGUAAUAUUAAUCAACACACAAAAGAAAUAUCAGCAGUGUAUAGCAGUCACAAUCUUCAUGAAGUCACUAUGUAUUAUCCUAUGAGAUCUGUUCGUACUUCAAAUUACAAGCUGAUACAUAAUCUCAACUACAAAAUGCCAUAUCCUAUUGACCAAGAUUUCUAUUUGUCUUCAACAUUUCUGGACAUACUGAAUCGGACAAGAUCAAAGCUACCAACUAAAUGGUCAAAAACCCUACACCAGUAUUACUACAGGGAACAGUGGGAACUUUAUGAUCUCCGGAACGAUACAGCCGAGCUUGUUAAUGUUGCAUACAAACCUGAGUACAGAACUACACUAAAUUCUCUAAAGAGUUUGUUACACCAUUGGCAAAAUGUGACUGCUGAUCCGUGGAUCUGUGGACCUGGUGCUGUGCUUGAAAAUAGUGGAUAUUAUAAAUACCAACCUCAAUGUAUGCCAUUGGACAAUGAACUGAUGUAACAAAGGAAACAGCUUUGGGGUUGAUAUUAUUUCAUCUUUCAUUGGCUAUACUGCAAAUGAAAUAUAUAUAUAUAUGUAUACACAUAUAGACACAUUAUUAAAUUAAGGGUUGUUACUAUAAGUAAAGCCACAUGCUAGAAAGAGAUGCUAAAGUGAAAGUACUUUGGAUAAAGUAGUCUGACUUUAGCAUCCCUUUCCAGCAUGUGGCUUUACUUAUAGUAAUAGUCCUUAAUAUAAUAAUGUAUUUUUAAAAAAUUAUAUACUUAGUAUUAAUUUUUUGCCUUAAUUGGUUUUACACACUGGCUACUUGAUAAAAUCUUAUACAGAUUUUAUCCUUAU